CACAGAAACAGAUGUGUUGGAAGAUCUUGUAGUGAUUUCAGCCCAGCAGAAAAAGUAGAAGAGGGCGCCUUGUCUUCAGAGUUUUAUCGUUGUCUAAGUUUAGAUCUUGGCGACCAAGGAGGCUGCUUCUCAAAUAACAUGGCUGUGGUCACUUUAAAGAGACAUGAAAAAAAGUCUCAGGAAAGUGACAAGUCCUGAGAAAUAAGAGAGCGAGUGAGCGAGAGAGGGAGAGAGAGGAAAGAACGAGGCAGACACUGUCAUGACACAGAGACAGAGGGACGGGGACCACAGACAGGAGUAUUCUGUUUUGUGAUAACUUUUCUUUGCCCAUCGGCUGAAUUUCAUUCAUCCAUCUAUUGCUUCCUCUCUGCCGUCUGCGUGCGGGGGCUAGGAAAUGGCAGAAGAAGAAGCAGAGCCAACCGGCCUCAGUCCAACAUCCAGAUCAGAGCAAAGGGCUCCACAUUUUCUACGAGAUAUCAUCUUCCAUGGCAAGUUUAAGCUGCUGAAAGCCCUGACCCCAGAAGAAAACACUCGCUGCCAGCACGGACUCUACUUCCAGGAUGGUCAGCGGCGUGUUGACUACGUCCUCACGUACCACAUCAAGAAGCCUUCUGGAACCCGUAACAGCCGAUAUGCUGCAAGUUUGUUCACAGAAACAUCUGUCGCCCGCAGCCUACGGCGUGGAACCAAACAUCACAGGCGUCACCAAGCAGAAAGGGCAAAAGAUUCAUCAUCUCCGACAUCCUCACAGGAGGCCGACGUGGAGCUGGGAACCCCAGGAGAAAUGCUCAACCACCAGGAGGAUCACAAGUCAUUUAGUCGGGAAGAGUUUGAAAUCAAACUUAGAGAUAUGGGACUAGAGCUUGAGAAAGAUGAGGACGGGAAGAUUUCAGGAGUGGGCUUUGUGAAGAUUCACGCUCCGUGGAAUGUUCUGUGUCGAGAGGCUGAGUUCAUGAAGCUUAAGAUGCCCACCAAGAAAGUUUAUGAAGUCAAGAAGUUGAGUGGCGUUGUUGAGAAGAUCUGCUCAUUAGUCAGUAAAGUUUUAGAACCACUUCAUCCACAUGUUGAGGAAAACCAACCAAAGAACAUCAAGCACUUGUCACACACUUUUUCCAGAGAAAAACAACACCUGUUUGACCUUGCAGAUAAAGAUAAUUUCUUUGACAGCAAAACCAGAAGUUCAAUAGUUUAUGAAAUACUGAAACGAACAAAAUACACAAAGGCCAAGUACAGCAUGGGCAUCACCAGUCUUCUGGGCAGUGGUGUGUAUACAGCCGCUUACCCUCUACACGAUGGUGACAUUGAUGAAGAGGGUGCAGAGUCCAAUGACAGAAAGCUUCUAUAUGAGGAGUGGGCUAAUUACAGUGCCUUCUACAAGUACCAACCCAUUGGACUUAUUCGGAAAUAUUUUGGAGAGAAGAUUGGUUUGUACUUUGCGUGGUUGGGUCUCUAUACCCAGAUGUUGAUUCUUGCCUCUGUGGUGGGUGUCAUCGUCUUUCUGUACGGAUGCGCAACAGUUGACGACAACAUACCAAGCAUGGAAAUCUGCCAUCCCAAGAACAACAUGACCAUGUGUCCUCUGUGUGACAGAGUCUGCAGCUACUGGAAACUUAGCACUGCCUGUGGAACCGCUCGGGCGAGUCACCUAUUCGAUAACCCCGCCACAGUUUUCUUCUCUGUGUUCAUGGCUCUGUGGGCGGCCAUGUUCAUGGAGCACUGGAAGAGGAGACAGAUGAGGCUGAACUAUGAAUGGGAUCUAACAGGUUUUGAAGACGAGGAGGAAGCACUCAAGGACCACCCCAGAGCUGAAUAUGAAUUUAGGGUCAUGCAGAAAUCUCUGACGAAAGACCAAAAACCACAACACAAGUUCAACAAGGAAAAGCUCACAUGUCGAGAUCGUUUCCCUGCCUACAUGACAAACAUCGUUAUGAUGCUGUUAAUGAUUGGUGUCACUUUCGCUAUUGUGUUUGGUGUGAUCCUCUACCGGAUCUCCACCAAAGCGGCUCUUCAUAUGAGUGCCAAUCCAAUGUCACGGAGCCAUGUACAACUGACAGUCAAAACCACAGCAGCCAUCAUCAAUCUGGUGGUAAUACUCAUACUGGAUGAGGUAUAUGGAGCUGUGGCACGGUGGCUCACCGUAUUAGAGGUCCCAAAAACAGACAAGAGUUUUGAGGAACGACUCAUCUUCAAGACCUUUAUUCUCAAGUUUGUCAAUGCUUUUACACCCAUUAUCUACAUUGCAUUCUUCAGAGGAAGACUAGUAGGCAGACCAGGGAGCUACUUGUAUGUGUUUGAAUCAUACAGAAUGGAGGAGUGUACUCAUGGAGGCUGUCUGAUGGAGCUCUGUAUUCAACUGAGCAUCACUAUGUUGGGAAAACAGCUUAUUCAGAACAACCUUUUUGAAAUUGGAGUUCCCAAGUUGAAGAAACUGAUUCGCUACAUCCGUUCAAAGCGGGGGGCUUUUCAAGAAGAAGAAAGACAAAAGAAGCUGCAGCGAUAUGAAACUGACAACUUCCUGGAGCCAUUUGCUGGAUUAACGCCUGAAUAUAUGGAAAUGAUCAUCCAGUUUGGUUUUGUGACACUGUUCGUGGCGUCUUUCCCCUUGGCACCGCUGUUUGCGCUGCUCAAUAAUAUUAUUGAAAUACGACUUGACGCCAAGAAGUUUGUUACUGAAUUACGAAGACCUGUGGCAGCAAGAGCCAAAGACAUCGGUAUUUGGUACAACAUACUCAGAGGGGUAGCAAAAGUGGCCGUAAUCAUUAAUGCAUUUGUCAUCUCAUUCACCUCAGACUUCAUCCCUCGGAUGGUCUAUCUGUACAUGUACAGUCCUGACGGCUCCAUGCAUGGAUUUGUCAGUCACACUCUGUCCUAUUUUAAUGUGAGCCACUUCCAGCAUGGAAAAGAACCCAUGGAUCCACUGUUCCUUGGCUACCCAGUAGAGAUUUGCAGGUACAAAGACUAUAGAGAACCUCCAUGGUCAACCACUCCAUAUGAGAUCACGAAGGAGUUUUGGGCGAUCCUGGCAAUCCGACUGGCCUUUGUCAUCAUUUUCCAGAACGUUGUGAUGCUGAUGAAUGACAUUGUGGACUGGCUAAUUCCUGACAUCCCAAAAGACAUCAGCGUCCAGAUGCACAAAGAGAAGAUCCUGCUGGUGGAACUCUUCAUGAAAGAAGAACAAUGCAAGACUCAAAUGCUUCAUAGUAUGAUGGCGACAAAACACGAGGAAAGCAACAAAAACCAGCCAACUUUUCGCCCUCACUCCAGACUGUACGCCAACAACACCAGCGAGGUCUAAUGCUUGGACAGUGUAGACUGGCAUUUUAGUUGGCAGUCUGAGUUCACAAGCUAACGGUUAUCUUGUGGACAACAAUAUCAGUUCAGUGUUUUUGCCGUUAAGAGCAUUCCAGCACGUAAGAGCAGCUAACGGCGGCGUGAGGACACUAAUGAUGGGCGUCCAUUGUGUAUGGACUCUACGGCGGUGCUGCCAUACUUAUGUGCUCAUAACUAGUGUUACACAUCACAACAAUCACAAGACAAUUCCCGGAAAAUCAAGUAUCAAAAUAUAAUGUUGGAUGUCAUUUUGAAUCCUGCAAUAUCUCACGUGGAAACAGUAGCUUCAGUGAAAUCAACUAUUUUCACUUGAUCGUAUGGUCAAGAAGGGCAAAAGUGACCCACAACUGUGUUGUUGAGUACCUUGCAAAGUCUUGGCAAGGUAUAACCCACAGUAGGAAAUUUGACCAUGAUCCAUGAAGACCCUGCGGUGGUCUCACAUGCAUUAUGGUUCACAUACUCUGCCACCUAGUGGCCACAGUUAGCAAUGAAAUGCACUCAACAGUGAAGAAGUCUGAGGUUUUAGUGAGGUGAUCUUGUGUAUCAAGAUUCACCCUGAUAUACAAAAUCUUUGUUAAGAUAUCGGGUGCACAAGGUUUGUGAGACUUUACUCUACUUCUGUACUCUAUGAGAUUAUCUGGAAACACCUACAUAUUUCACAGAGUCAACAGCAGGGGGCGCUGCUGAUGUUUUAAUACCAGACAAAGCAGGAACAACAAACAAGUAGACAAAACACUGUUUGCUUUUAACAUUUUUUUUUAAUUCACCUUUAAAAUGGGCCUUAAAAAUGAGAUGAAGACCCCAGUGGCUGGAGAAGGAUAAGAAUAUGCCCAUGCGUCACCUGGCUGCCGAGGAUAUGUGGUUAUAUUAGAGAUGUGGGAUGGAUGGGUUGUCUGCCAGGGUAGUUGCCAUCCAGAACCCAAUGAUGCAGAGAAGCACGGCAACAACGCAUGCUACCGGACUUGUCUUAACUUAAAAGCACACUAUAUGAUAGAACAUUGUGCAUAUAUUUUAAAUGAUUGUUUCACCAUCAAUCACAGGAGGCGGAGCCUAACCCAGUCAGGGAUUCUGUCAGAGAAUUUGGAGCAUGAUCGUGGUGUAACACCGUGCCUCUUCCAGUCUUCCAGCUUCAAAUACAGUAACUAUAUUUUGAAAAUUUAACACUUUCUGUGCCAUACUUGCCAAAAAUGAUAUUCAUUUGUUCAUUUAUUCAUUCAUUGGUCUCAACAUGAAGCAGUAAGAAGCUAACUUGAUGGCCGUGUCUGUCUGUCUGCGGCUAUAACUUCAAAAUGCAAAGAUCAAUUUGGCUUAAACAUUUUAUAUAAAUUCAGUGCACCAUUCUCUCUCCACACAGCCAAUGUCUAGUUCACAGGUCAAAGGUCAAGGUCAAAUCAGAUGUCAUUGUCUUUUCUGGUGAUAUCCUUAAAUUACAAAAAGCAAUUUCAAACCAACUUGGUGAAUCAACUCAGCGGACUCACAACACAGGUUAUGUCAAGGUCAUAGGUCUAAGGUCAAGGUCAAAUCAAGCGUCAUCAUCAUCUAAAUAGCUCAGGAACUGGCUGAGAUACAUAAUCGUGUUUUUCUACAUAUUGUGGUCUCCUGCAGUGAAACAAAUGCAUCAGACCUCUGACCUCAACAAUGUUAUGUGAUGACUCCAAGAGAAAACAAGCUGUGGCGGCGGCGGCGACACACUGCCAUCAUGUGUGUGCCCUGUUUUAAGAUCAUUCGCCUUUGUCAAAAACACUUUAUCUCCUUGUUGAGCAGCAUGGCAACCAGCAUGCUAAUGCAUUAUGGGUACCUCUGGAGGAAACAAACACUAUAUUACAAUAAUGAUAAAAUGAUCAUUUUUCACAUAGUGUUUCAAAGCUUUGAUCUCCUGUCACCAUGGUGUCUACAUCCAGUAAAGAAAUAAAAAUUAUGACACUUUUAAAGGAAUAUUUGUUCAUGGGGUACCUGAGAACAUUUGGCAUAGAAAUGGGAGGACAGACUGUCCACGAACAGAAAGGGUCAAAGGCGCAAUUCCACUGAUUUAUCAUUUUCCUUGAGCAAGAAACGGAAGCUGACAUUUCUCCCAAUGUGCAGGUCAACAGUUUCCCUGGAAGCUUGUGUUGUUGCUGCAUGAAUGUUGCAUCACUUCAUAUACAACCAUCUGUUAAAUGCAUAAAUGUGAAUGAUUGGUUGAAUCAACAUGCAGGUGUGGUGAGA